AUGGCGCACCACGUGCCGUCCAACUCUCUCAUACUUCUCCUGGUCCUCGCCUCCAUCCAAGCCGGCAGAGGUGCGACGUCGCGUCCAUCGCCGGCCCCGGCGGGAUACGUGCCGGUUCGCGCCGUGGUGUACCGAUCGGUGGCGCUCCCGGCCGCGAGGGUAGCCGCCGCCGGGGACGAGGCGCCGGGCGGAGGAAGGUACGAGCCGUUCCAGCUGUGCAUGGGGUGCCGGUGCUGCGCGGCGGCAGGGAGCGGCAGCAACGCCAGCGCGAGCAGCUCAUGCGUGGACACGCGGUGCUGCUACGCCAUCGACUGCAACGUCCCCGGCAAGCCCUUCGGCGUCUGCGCCUUCUCCCCACGCACAUGCGGCUGCGGCGCCGACGCCGGCGCCGGCAACAACUGCACCGCCACCUAG